AUGGAUUCACUUAAACAAGGCGCCGAAUACGUCUCCGAGCAGGCAAAGAAGGCCACUACUGGCACUUCAAAGGAGGCCAACAAGCAAGUCGCCAAGGACUCCGACGCAUCUCUCGGUAACCGAGCUUCUGCGGCAAAGGACGCCCUUUCAGACAAGGCUAGCGAGCAGAAGCACGAUGCCAAGGCCGAGACUCACAAGCAGCAAAUCUAG